AUGUCAUUUUUGGCUCGACACAAUAUUUUCGUUGCUAUUAUAUUCGGUUGUUUUGCUGUUCUUAUACCACGAAUUUUUUUGCCAUUAUUUCGUUCAAGAUCAUCAUCACCGACGACUCAUAUCGAUGAUUAUUUUCAACGAGUACCAUCAUCGAUGUCUCCUAAUCAUAACGAUAAAGAUUCUUCAUCGCAUAUGUAUAACGCAUACUCGAAUAUGCGAAUGCCUAAUUCUGGUGCUGAUAGUCAACAACAAUCAUCAAUCGAUCAAAAUAAUUCAAAAUCAAGUGCAACUUUUGUUUUACCAAUGUAUACUGUUGGUAUAGGACUUUUUUUUAUUUAUACAUGUUGCAAAUAUUGGAAAAAACGUAAUAGUGAAGAAAAUAAAAUAAAACUUCAAUAUUCAACAAAUAAUAUUCAAUGGAAUAAUGAAAAAAGAAAAUUUAAAUAUCAUGCUAAUAAUCAUCAUAGUGAAGAUGAUGAAGAAAAUGAAGAUUCAUAUGCUGGACUAGAUCCUGAUUAUGUUGAAUAUUUAAAAUCGAAAAGACGAAAAGAAUUCGAAGCUGAACAAAAUGCUACAGUUGAACAAAAUCAAAUGUAUCAUGCUCUUGAUGAAAUGAAAAGUUCAUUAUCAUUUAUUAAUUCAAAACUUGGAACAAAUGAAAGAAAAAAUAAUUUAACUAAAUAUGAAAUAUCACAAUUACAAGAUCGUUUAGCUUCAACUGAAGUUCAAAUGUAUAAAAUUUUAAAUACAAUUAAUGCUGUUACAAAUAAAGUUAAUGAAUUAACCAAAAAUACACGACAAUCUCUUGAAAAAUCAGAAGAGAAUUUUAAUAAUGAAGAAGAUUAUCAUCUAUCAUUAAGAUCACAUGAUGAAAGUGAAGAUAGUAUAAAUGAUGAAGAAAAUUCAAAUAGUGACGAUAAUUCAUUGCAUCAAGAAGAACAAAUAUCACUAAAUAAUCAACAUGAAACUUCAUCAUCAUCAUCAUCAUAUGAAGAUGAUGAAGAAAAUUCUAAUGAAUCAAAAGAAGAUGAUGAUGAUGAUGAUGAAUCUGAAUCAUCAUCUGAACGUUAUGGUAUGAUGAAUACUAAUUAUGGAUCGGAUCCAAAUACAAUUGAUGAUUAUGAAUUAAAUACAAAUAACAAGUCUGAACAAACAACUGAUAGUCGAACCAAAGUACAUGAAUGGCGUCAACGUAAUCAUUCUCAAUCAUUAGGAAUAAUGGCUGAUAAAUAUAAAAAUGUUCGUGUACCUGGUCCAAAUGAUAAUAUUUAUAAAGAUGAAUGUCUUUAUUCAUUUGAUAAUCCAGAAUCUGAAAAUGGUCUUUAUAUUUGUAUGUCAACAUUUCGUGGAGUUGGAAAAGAUCAGCUUGAACGACAUUGUAAAAAUAAUCCAGGAAAAAAUGUUUUUUUACAUAUUGUACGAAGACGAAAACCAAUACCAGUCGAUGUUAAUAUUGAGCCAAGUAAAGUAACAAAAUUAGCAAUUGGUAUUGAAGGUGGUUUUGAUGUAAAUCAAUCAAAUCGAUAUACAUUUGAAGAACAAUAUUCAAUUUAUAUUCAUCCAAAUGUAACUGUUCAUUAUCCAGAUGAAUCUAAUCAAUUACCUGAACAUGUUAAAAAAUCAGCUGAUGCUAUUAUAGCUGCUGAUUCUGCAUUUUUAAAAGAAGAACGUUCACUUUUGAAUACAACAUGGAAUGGAGAAAUUCGUCCUAUAACAAAACAUACACAAAGAUUACCACAAUUAAAUAAUGGUAGAAAAAUUCCACCAAUUGGUUGGAAAUGUGAACAAUGUGAUUUAACAGAAAAUCUAUGGCUUAAUUUAACUGAUGGAGCUAUUUUAUGUGGAAGAAAAUUUUUUGAUGGUAGUGGUGGAAAUAAUCAUGCUGCUGAACAUUAUUAUAAAAAAAAAUAUCCAUUAGCUGUUAAACUUGGAACAAUUACACCUAAAGGUGCUGAUGUUUAUUCUUAUGAUGAAGAUGAUAUGGUUGAAGAUCCAAAUCUUGCUAUUCAUUUAUCACAUUGGGGAAUAAAUAUGCUUAAAAUGGAAAAAAGUGAUAGAUCAAUGGCUGAUUUAGAAAUUGAAUUAAAUCAAAAAUAUGGUGAAGCAUCUAUGAUUGAAGAAGCUAAUUCAAAAUUACAACCUGUUUAUGGACCAGGUUAUACGGGAAUGAGAAAUUUAGGAAAUUCAUGUUAUAUGAAUUCAGUAAUGCAAGUUUUAUUUACUUUAAAAGAUUUUCAAGAAAAAUAUUAUCAACAUUGUGAUUUUUAUUUUGAUAAAGCUAAAGAUCCAGCAAAUGAUUUUAAUGCACAAACAGCUAAAUUAGCUUUUGGUCUAUUAUCGGGUCGUUAUUCAAAGGAACAUUCAACUAAUAGUGACAUAUCAUUACAAACACCAUUAGGUAUUCGUCCACAAAUGUUUCGUUUAUUAAUUGGUCGUAAUCAUGCAGAUUUUGGUACAAAACAACAACAAGAUGCUGCUGAAUUUCUUCAAUAUUAUAUUGAACAAGUACAUAAUCAUUGUACAAAAGAUCCAACACCAAAUCCAUUACUUGAUCCAAGUACUUGUUUUCAAUUUGAACUUGAAGAACGUAUUUAUUAUCCUGAAACAAGUCAAGUACGAUAUUUAACACGUCAUGAUUCAAUGUUUAGAUUAAAUAUACCAUUAUCAGCAGCAAGAAAUAUGCAUGAAGUAUUACAAUAUAAUAAAACAAAAGAAGAUAUGGAACAACAAGGCAAAAAAAUAAAUGACUUACCAAUUGUACGUCCCAUUGUUCCACUUAAAGAAGCUAUAUCACAAUGGGCUGAACCAGAAGAAAUUAAUGAUUAUAAAUUACCACAAUAUGGACGUACGACAACAAUAAGAAAAACUCAAAAAUUUUUAACUUUUCCUGAUUAUCUUUUUAUUCAAUUAAAAAAAUAUACAUUUAAUUCUGAUUGGACACCAAGAAAAAUUGAUGUUUCAAUGGAAGUACCUGAUGAACUUGAUCUUAGUUCAUUACGUGCAACUGGUUUUCAACAUGGUGAAAUAUUAAUGGUUGAUGAUGAUGAACCAACAGGACAACCAACUGUUUCUGUUAAUGAAGUUCUUUUACAACAACUUGUUGAUAUGGGUUUUUCAAAGGAAGGUUGUAAACGAGCAUUAAUCAAUACGGGUAAUAAUGAUAUUGAAGCAGCUAUGAAUUGGGUAUUUGAACAUCAAUCAGAUCCUGAUUUUGAUACACCAUAUCAAGCACCAAGUAAAAAAGCUCGUGUAGAACAAAUUCAAACACCACCUGUGGAUGAAGAAAGUAUCGGCAUUGUCAUGUCAAUGGGUUUUUCACGUAGUCAUGCUCUUCGUGCAUUAUCAUUAACAAAUAAUAAUGUUGAAGCAGCUGUUGAUUGGGCUCUUAAUACACCUGAAGAUUGUUCUGUUUUAAAUGCAUUAGUUCAAUCAUUACCUCAAUCAUCAACUACUCAACAAACAAAACAAAAUUAUCGUGAUGGUAUCGGUAAAUAUCGUCUUGUGGCUUUUAUUUCACAUAUUGGUAAUCAUCCAUCAUCAGGUCAUUAUGUAGCACAUAUCCUUAAAGAUAAUCGUUGGGUUAUAUUUAAUGAUGAAAUUGUUGCAUUUUCUGAACAUCCACCAAAAGAUUUAGCUUAUCUUUAUUUAUACAAACGUGCAACUAUUUGA